AUGACGGGAGAAUAUUAUGUAAUCUUGUCUUUAAUAGUCUGGUUACUCAACAUGCUGUCUAAGGCGCCUGAAAAUACAUUGAUAAAGAUUUCGACUGUGUUGUGGAGUAUUUGGUUUGCUAGAAAUAAGCAAAUAUUUGAGAGUAAGAACAUGCCUCCAGCAGUUGGAAUAUUGUGGAGUAAAAGGCAAAUUGAUGAAUGGCAGGUAGCAAACAAAAAAUCAGGUGUUCUGCAGAAUUCAAGGGAGAACAGUAUAGCAGACAACAUCAAAUGGAAACCCCCAGAAGUUGAUCAACUCAAAAUUAAUGUGGAUGCAGUUUUGACAACAGGCCAGAACUCAUAUGCAGUUGGUAUGGUUAUUAGAAAUCAUCACAGCCAGUACAAAGCGGGUAAAAUAAUGAGGUUUGCAGGCAUGGUUUCAGUACUUGAAGCAGAAUUGAAAGGUAUUCUGGAAGCUAUUCUUUGGGCUCAAGAAAUUGCAGGUUGCUCUGUAACCAUUGAAUCUGACUCUCUGAUCAGUACUAAUGCAAUAAACCAUGGCCACGAUAGCUCUCUGGAAGCUGAAGACUUGGUACAGCAGUGUCAAGAGGUGUUAAGUAACAACUCUAGAAUCUCAGUUAGACAUGUUAAAAAGCAAGCGAAUAAGGUAGCGCAUAAUCUUGCUAGGGUGCCUUGUGAGCGUAAUUGCUUUAUUGUUUUCACGUCUCCUCCAUCAUGUUUGUUGGGGACAUUAUUGUCGGAUGCUUUGGAGUUUUAA